AAUACCACAGAGAGGAGAGUGACACACUGAUACUCGGGAGGGAUUUCAACACUCUCACUCAGAUGAUCAGCUCAGGACUGAAGCGCUGGAGGCCGGGGAGUCUGGAGAGGUGAAAACUGAAAACCCAUGAUGGCGAACGUCACACGCCAUCUUGUCACGCACCUCCUGACGUUCUCGCUGCAGGACGGGGACGUCCAGAGCGUGGAGGAGGCUCAGGCCCGGCUCUCCCUGCUGGCUGAACACCAGAAGCUGUGGAGUCAGCGGAUGUUCCUGGACGUCGGGUCGGAGGCCCUCCACCUCCGGGACCUGCAGACUCAGGACGAGCUAGAGAGGUACUCCUUCAAGAACAUCUACAACUGCAGUGCCAUCAACAGCGAGAAGCACUUCAGCUCCCUCCUGCAGCUGGUGUGCCAGGCUGCAGACCAGAAGAAGCCCGACAUCCAUUUCUUCAACUGUGAGACCGUGAAGGCAGAGCGGAUCUGUGACGACAUCGCCUCGGCGUCCACCCGGAGCCAGACGCCGCCCGGCGGCCCCAGUCUUCCACGGAGUGACCGAGAGAUGCUGGACCCGUACGACAUCCCGAGCCACCCAGUCCCCCACGCUCCCAACCCCCCGCCGGCCAACCCCCCGCCGUACCCCGGGCUCAGAGCGAACGGCGUGAACGGCGGGGCCGACAUGUCGCUGGUGCGGGCCGAGAGAGAAGUGGGGAUCCUCAAUCACUGCUUCGACGACAUCGAGAGCUUCAUGGGGCGGCUGCAGCAGAUCGCCGAGGCCACCAGCGUGCUGAACCAGCGGAAGAAGAAGAAGAAGAAGAGCAAAAAGCAAACUGCAGAAGACGACUUGCUCACAGCUAAAUCCCGGCCGCCACCGGAGGAGGACUUCAUUGACAUCUUCCAGAAAUUUAAAUACUGCUUCGGCCUGUUGGCCCGGCUGAAAUCCGCCAUCGCCAACCCCUCGUCGGCAGACCUGGUCCACCAUGUGUUCAGACCUCUGGAUAUGAUGGUGAAAACCACGGGGGGCCCGGGUCUCGGGGCCUCGGUUUCCAGCCCCGCCAUGACCACCUCCGCCAUCUCCCUGCUGCAAGACAACCUGAGCGAGCAGGAGAGGGAGCUGUGGACGUCUCUGGGCCCCAACUGGACGCAUCCUCUCUCGCAGCUCAAAGGGCCCGUGGCGCCGUACACUCCCGUGUUCCUGAGCGGCUGGAAGCCGGAAGCCCUGAGGCCAGACGGGCAGGUUUGGGAGGAUCCGGUGGAGUCACAGCACAAGUAUGAAGCCUUCGUGGCCAAACAAGAGCAGCAGCUGCAGCUGCAGCCGCCUCACCUGCACGGCCUCCCGGACAUCCGCGUCAGCGACGAAACCGACGGGCCGUUCCAGGCGUCUGACAGGAUGUACAGCUGCAGCUACGACUUCAUCGCCAGGAACGCCAGCGAGCUGUCAGUGCAGCAGGGGGAGACGCUGGAGGUGGUCGAGUCAUCCAAGCGCUGGUGGAAGUGCCGGAAUCGGUUCAACCAGGUGGGAUUCGUGCCCUUCAACAUCCUGGAGCCCGUGGACCACAUAGAGAGCCCCACGGCCAACAAAGCCCCCAGUAUUCCAGCCGCUCCGCCUCCCCCGACCAAGAGUCUCUCUGUGGUCCCGCCGAGCCCCCCCCCUCUGCUCAGCUCCCCCUCGCACUCCCCGCAGCGGCCGCGCAGCUUACCGCCCUACAACCACCACGCGCCGGCGGCCGACGACUCCGAUAAAGUCAUGCUGGUGAACGACGAGCUGCUCCACAAGCUGACCAACGGGAAGGCCAACCUGAACAAGCCCCUGGUCAUCCCCCGAUCGGCCGACACCUCCGUCCCGCUGGACUACACCUCCCCCCCGGACGAAGUGGGCGAGUGGCUGCGAGGGAAGGGCUUCAGCGAGCCGACGGUGUCGUGCUUGGGCGUGCUGACGGGCGCGCAGCUCUUCUCCCUCAACAAGGACGAGCUCCGGGCCGUGAUCCCGGAGGAGGGGGCCCGGGUGUACAGCCAGCUCACGGUGCAGAAGGCGCUGCUGGAGGACGCCAGGAGGGCCACGGAGCUGGAGGCCGUCAUGGAGAAACAGAAGAUGAAGGUCGACUCCGAGCUGCAGAGCGGCACCUUGUGAUCUGCGGCAUCCCGGCGGACUCCUCGGUGGGAAGAAGUGUGUGAUUCCACACAAAGUCAAGGUCGCGAUUACUGCCAACCAAAGAAAACUAGAAAUUCGAAGCUUCUGCUGCAUUAAGUGUUUGUGCACAUUAAAUAUUUCAUCACUCGAGCUCUGUAAUCCUAAUGCAUGAUCAUUUAAAUGUAAAUAGCUUUUCUCAUACUUGUAUUUAUCCAUGCAACACUUUUUUUUUCAGUGAAUAACUGGAGAAAAAAAAAAAGCCAGCAGACAA